AUUAUUCAUUAUACACAUAUAGCUCACAGAUGGCAAAUGUGUAAAUACCUAUAUAAAAAUAAACUAAAAUUUUUCUUUCCAUUAAUUGUAGUAUUAUUAAUCAUAUAUUAUUACUCGUUUAAAAUUACGUUUUUAAAUUUUUACAUACAUAAUGUUGCCAAGCAUGUUAUUUUGUACAAUUGCGUGUGCUGCGAUCGCCGUUGCAAGGGCAUCGAAUAUUUUAGUGUUUAUACCGAUGCCGUUUCCAAGUCAUUUUCGUGGAUUUCAACCAUUGUUUGAAGAGCUAUCCCGUAGAGGACACAACGUGACCGUAGUCAGUUCGUAUCCCCAAAAUCGUCAGAUUGCCAACUACACAGAAAUAGGACCAUUUUUUUCCAAAAAUGAACAUGAAAGAAAUGCUAUGGAAAUGAUGGAAUUGAACUUUGUGACGUCGGCUUUGACAGUAUGGAGCAUUGGCAUAAAAUUUACUAAAGUAUUAACACAUAAAUCAAUGGUAAACUUCCUCCAAACGAAUUCCUACUCGUUUGAUUUAGUAAUAAUAGAAUCAUGUUGUCAAGAAUAUAGUGUGGUUUUGGGCCAUAAAUUUAACGCACCCGUUAUCAACCUGGUACCAGCCAUGCUCUGGAGUAGCAUGAGCAAAUGGAUACACGUCCCUUCCACUUUCUCGUACAUACCAAAUACCCUUUUGGAAACAACAAGCGAUAUGAGUUUCAUACAACGUUUAAAAAACACCAUCAUUGGAAUGUUGCAAUUAUAUGUAGAAAAUUACGUAUAUUUACCUAAAAUGAAGGAAGUUAUGGAUACACACUUCACAUACAAAGGAUGGGAAUCUAGACCUUCGCUUGAAGAUAUGUUAAAUAAUGUGUCAUUAACAUUAAUAAACACUCAUCAUGCGAUCGGUAUAUCCAGGCCAUAUCUCCCAGGUGUUAUUGAAGUAGGUGGUAUGCAUAUCAAAGAGCCCAAGCCUCUGUCUGGGGAUCUUCAAACUUUUGUAGAUUCAGCAGAACAUGGAGUGAUUUAUUUUAGUUUCGGUUCAAUGAUUAACCUAAAUAAUUUACCACAAGAAAAAUUGAAUAUUUUUCUUCGAACUAUUGAAAAAUUAAAACAAAAAGUGAUACUAAAAUGGAUACCAAAUACUAGUGUAAAGUUAUCUCAAAAUAUAAUGAUUGGUUCGUGGUUUCCUCAAAGUGAUAUUUUAGCUCAUCCAAAUGUUAGGCUUUUCAUAACUCAUGGAGGAUUACAUAGUUUAGAGGAAACUGUUUAUCAUGCAAAACCUGUAGUUGCUAUACCAUUUUUUGCUGAUCAGUAUUUAAACAUGAAAUUAGUAGAAAAAAAAGGGUAUGGUAAACUAGUCGAUAUUUUUAAAAUUACUGAAGAAUCAUUUGGAAAUGCCAUCAAAGAAGUAUUAUCUAAUCCAAAGUUUAAAAAUAAUGUAGAAAUCCAGAGUCGUGUCUACAGAGAUCAACCGAUGAAACCUUUGGAACGAGCUGUUUACUGGAUCGAGUAUAUUAUUCGAAAUGGAAGAGCUGAACAUCUAAAAAGUGACUCGAUGGGAUUAAACGAUAUGCAGUAUUUUUUGUUUGACAUAGUAUUURUUUUACUAAUACCAGUUGUAUGUAUAAUUUGGUCAAGUUAUUUAUUUGUGGCAAAAAUUACAUCUAAACUAUAUUAAAAAAUUACACUGCUCAUAAUUAUUUUGAAACUCACUUAAGGUACCUAAAUACCUAAUGUCUCGUGCUCAGUUGGCAUAAGCCAUUAAAACAGAAGGGAUUGAAUGAAUUCCAAAUAGACUGUUWGUGAUAUAGACAUUAGAAUCAUUAGAUAAAUUGAAAAAUAUUCUAAAUGUUAUGAAAAUGAAGUUCAAAUGAUUUUUAUCACUUAUAAAUUUAGCAUAAUAACGCUCUUCAAGUUUACGCCAUAGGC